AUGGCUCCCAAGAUUGCACGGACUGUUGCAAACGACUUUGAGCAAGGCGAUGAGAAACCUCUGUUUACUGAAACUUCCGGUCAAAAAGAAGUUCCAUAUGGAAUUGUGAAGCAGACUGCGAUACAUCAAUGGCAAGAUGUUUGCUAUGAUCUCAAGAUAAAGAGUGAAAACCGUCGAAUACUUGACCAUGUCGAGGGACAGGUACAACCAGGCACACUGACAGCUCUUAUGGGAGUCUCAGGUGCUGGAAAAACCACUCUUCUCGAUGUUCUGGCUAGCCAGAGAACCACAGGUGUCAUCUGGGGGCAAAUCCUUGUUGAUGGCCGACAGAGAGACAGCUCCUUCCAGCAAAAAACUGGAUAUGCUCAGCAGUUGGAUUUGCAUCUAGAAACUUUCACUAGCCGAGAGGCCUUAUAG